AUUAUACCCAUAGUAUCAAGAAGCCACUAAUAACCGAGCUCAAUUCAUGCACUUUACAAAUAAUGGGCUUUUAUAACUAAGCCCAUUUUAUCAAAAAGCCCAAUAAUGUUCUUCAUCACCCAACAACAGAACGCUGAUUUGAUUCUCUGAGAAUAGAAACCCUAAGAAAAACCCUGCCAUGGCGUUUGGUCUACGAGAGUUCUCGCUCAGAGCCGGAGACGGCUCACCAUCCCUAGACUCAUCCAACGGCGAGGAGCUUAUGCACGUGCAGCCUUCCGUCGCCGUGGCUCUCGGAAACCGCUCCGUGGAGUCUCCAGGAACUCUCUACAUCACUUCCAGGAAGUUGAUUUGGCUGAGUGAUGUAGACGUGGCGAAAGGCUACGCUGUAGAUUUCUUGUCGAUAACGCUUCACGCGGUUUCGAGAGAUCCACAAACUUAUUCAUCUCCUUGUAUAUACACUCAGAUUGAAGUUGUAGAAGAUGAAGAAGAUGAGGAUGUUACAGAAUCAACCGGAGUUUUGGACUUGUCGAAGAUCAGAGAGAUGAGGCUUGUUCCUUCAGACUCUACCCAAUUGAAUACUCUGUUUGAUGUAUUCUGUGAAUGUGCUGAGCCCAAUCCAGAACCAGUUGAAGGUGAUACAAUCUUGCUACUAUCGUUUAAUUCAGUUUUUGCUUCACUAACCAUUUACAUGUUCGUUUUAUUGUAUGUUUUUUCAGAAGAAGAAGAAGAUAACGGACAUAACUGGGUGUUUAGUGCUGAUCAGAUGGUUAUUGGUGGAGGAGGGGAAGAAGAUGGAGAAUGGCCAAUAUCUCAGAGCCCGACGAGUGUAAUUGGUCAUUCUAAUGGAGACGAAAGUAUUGCUCAGCCUAUGCUCGAGCUCCAGAUCAGUGAUGAGAGGUUUGAUGAUGCUGAAGAGAUGGUUCAUGAAAGCGAGACCAGAGAUCACUAAUUCUUUAAACACAGAGUUGUUUCUUUAUGUGUUUAUCCAAAAGAAAAUCUCUCUCCUCCGAAACGCUCCCUCUUCUCUCAUCAGUUAGCACUUUCCUAUUGUC